AUGUUCACCGGUUUCUUGGUCAAAACCUGGGUUUUCAUUGCCACCAUCAGCCUGGUUCAGGCUGCCCAGGUCAUCGUUGGAUAUCGGACCUGUAGCGAACUAGAGGCAAGGCCGUACAUGAACGGGCCCGCUCUCCUCACCAGGCACCCUGCCUUUGACAGUUCCGACAUGUGGCAGCUUGGAAAGGGUAUCUACACCAGCCCCAGAAUGGGAGAAUACGUGCCCGUGAACGGGGUGCAAUGGCAAGCCGAGUUCAAUCAGGUCCCCAAGGUCUGGAUCCCGGAGCGGAUGGACUUCAAGGGCGAGGCUACAAUCUCAAACUUUGUCGAGGGGGCGGGCUGCAUGAACGAGUGCACGCUGCGCUUCGCGCCCAUGAGGCCCGCGAGCACCAACCUGCAGAUGCUGAUUCCGAGCGCCAUGCUCAACGACAAGAAGCCUCUCAUCGCGUUCUACGCCCAGGCCUUCCAGGUCAACGACCCCAACGUGCCCAACGAGGUUCUCGACUACAACUCCUGGUCCAACUUUAUGAACACCCCCAACGUGCAGAAGCGCUCCAUCCUCGAGAGGAGGACCUCGUGCCCGGCCGCCUGCCGCGCCAAGAAGGCCGCUGCGGGUUCGGCCAGGCCCCCUUCGCCGGCUGGUUCCAGGCCUUCUUCGCCCGCUGGCGCUAGGCCUCCCUCCUCUGCUGGCUCCAAGCCUCCCUCUUCUGCUGGCUCCAGGGCCCCUUCGCCGGCUGGCGCUAGGCCUCCCUCUUCAGUUGGCUCCAAGCCUCCCUCUUCUGCUGGUUCCAGUCCUUCUUCGCCCGCUGGCACCAAGCCUCCCUCCUUGGCCGGCCCCAAGCGCCCCUCUUCUGCUGGUCCCAAGGCCCCUUCACCGGCUGGCCUCAAGGUCCCCUCUUCUACUGGUUCCAGGACUCCGGCCUCUGCCGGGUCCAAGCCUGCUGGCUCCUCGCGGGGAACUACCAGGUCCUAA